AUGAAAUGUUUCGGGACGAGACACUCUGCAGCCGAUUGCAAAUUCGGAAAGGGCUGUGGAGUCAAUGGAUGUCAUUAUAUCCAUCAUCCAUUGCUUUAUGAUCCUGGAGAGAAACACGCCAAGGGCAACAGCCAUCAUACAUCACUUUCAGCCCAGAUAGAUCGAGUCAAGGUGGCGCUAGGCGUUAUCCGGAUGGAAGCUUACACAGCGGAAGGCCAACUCAUUCCAGUAUCAGUGCUGAUAGACGAGGGCAGCGAUACGACGCUGUUUCGAGAGGACUUUCUCCAACGGCUCAAGAUCACCGGAAAAGGUACUACCCUAGAUCUCGUAGGAGUUACCGGCGCAGAACGCUACAAGUCGCAGAAGGCCCCGGUUCGAUUUCUUUUACCGGACGGGGAGGAGGCCAUCAUCAAAGGAAAGACGAUCCCGCAGAUAUCUAGGCCGACUCCGGUAAUCGAUUGGAGAAAAUUGAAAAACCGAUGGCCACACUUAGCCGACGUCCCAGUGCAAGAGAGUGGCGGAAAGAUUGACGUCUUAGUGGGACUCGACCACUCAAAUCUACUUGCAGUAUUAGAAUCACGCGUCGGAGGUGAAUAUGAACCUUUCGCAUCUCGCACUAGACUCGGCUGGAUCGUCCGCGGCCUACUUGGGAGUGACAUCGGUCCGAUGACAACGGCCUACAUCCAUCAUCUCACAGCGACAUCCGAGUCCUCGCUCGAUACAGAGUUCAAGAAAUUUUGCACAACUGAAAAUUUCGGUACUGAAUUUAAAGGAGAUGGCCUCUCAGAAUCGGAAAGAAUCGCCGAAAAGAUCGUUGAUGAAGGCCUGAAGAAACUCGACAUUGGGUAUGAAACCCCACUCACGUGGCUCGAAGGAGAGCCAACAUUUGAAAAUAACAGAAAACUAGCUGAGCAUCGUUUGCAAGACCUGCGGGAACGAUUCAAGAGAGACCCAGAUUUGGAGACUGAUUACAGAGCCGCGAUCAAGAAAUACGUCGACGAAGGCUAUGCAUCGCGUGUAGAAGAGGAAGACUUAUACUCGAACAACCAGUACUACUUGCCACAUCACGGUGUCUACAAAAAGGUGUAUGGUAAAAAGAAAAAGAAGCUUCGAGUCGUCUUCGACGCCGCUGCAAAAUGGAAGAAGAAAUGCCUCAACGACGGAAUGCGACAGGGUCGAAAACUGCAAAACGACCUAGCCAAGGUCCUCAUUCGAUUCCAGCUGGGGGAGAUUGCCUUUGCAGCAGACGUGACUGCAAUGUACAGCAGGAUUCGACUUCGACCACAAGACGCUCGCUUUCAUCGAUUUCUCUGGCAAGAUCAAGAUUCGGACGUCAUUAUUACGUACCAAAUGGAUCGCUUGCCAUUUGGAUCAAACUGUGCCCCAUUUCUCGCCCUAAAAGCCGUUCACAGAGCCGCUUCAGACGCCACUAGAGGGAGAGAAGAAUGCAUGGAGGCAGUGGAGAAAAAUAUGUAUAUGGACGACCUAUUAAAAGCAGUCGACAACGAAGGAGAAGCAAUUAUGAAAGCAAAACUCAUCCGCGAUGGACUAGCAGAAGGCGACUUUCAUCUGACAAAUUGGAUCUCGAACUCUCCGGAAUUCAUCAAAGCGUUGCAACCAGAGCCGGCAGCAGCAGCAGCACAUCGCGAUUUAGCGUCGGAUGACAUCGAGAAGCUACUGGGAGCCUUCUACGAGCCAACGACAGACGAGAUGACGUACCGGGUGAUUGGAAUUGAAGAUCUUAAAUGGACGCGCGCUGGAUUGCUGAGCAAGGUGGCGAGUAUCUACGACCCCCUAGGCCGAGCAGCACCAGUACUGGUAAAAGCAAAAAUUAAAUUGCGGGAACUAGGUACCAGAGGACUAAACUGGAACGAAGCCAUUAGCGGUGAUGACAAGGAGUGGUGGCAAACCUGGUUCAAGACGCUGGAAAAACUCAAUGACUUUUCGAUGCCACGGAAUCUGCAACCGGACAAAGGAAAAAUCAUCCAGAGCGACCUUCUAACCUUUGGAGAUGCAUCUGAAGAGGCCUAUGCAGCAGCCGUAUAUCUACGCAGUGUCUAUGAGGAUGGCACAUCAAAGUGCAGAUUGGUGAUGGCCAAAACCAAACUGGCCCCUCGGCAGACACAGUCAAUUCCAAAGUUGGAGCUGAACGCAGCAGUUCUCGGCGCUCGACUGGCCACAUACGUCGCAGACGCGCUACAAAUCUCUGGACUCAAUAGAAUUUUCUUCACUGAUUCCAGCACUACCAGGAACUGGAUACGAGCCGUCGCUUCACACUACAUGCCGUUCGUCAGCCAUAGAAUCGGAGAGAUUCAGUCUCUCACCGAUGCUAACGAGUGGCGUUUUAUCCCCGGGAAACUGAACAUAGCAGAUGCUGCGACGCGGUCCCUAUUGACAGACGGAGAGCCGAUUCCACCAAGAUGGCUGGAAGGACCAUCUUUCAUCGCUUUACCAAUUGAGCAAUGGCCGAAGGAUCUGCCUUGGGUGGCAGUAGCAGCAGAGAAAAGAACUGCCCACAUCCACCACGCAAUUUCUGAGCUCUCCUUUCAUGAUUGGAGAAAAGUAGUCAUCGACUCGAAGAACAUCUCAACAUUCUUGAAGGUAGAAGGAGAUGCCAAGGAGACUAUAUUAAAGUGCCAAAAGGAAGCAUUCCGUGAAGAAAUCAGUCUACUAUCAAAGGGCAAGCAAAUCCCAAAAAGGUCAAGCCUCAUUCAAUUAACUCCUUUCUUAGACAAAGACGGAAUGCUCCGAUUGGGUGGACGGAUCCACCGCGCAAAGCUACCAUAUGAGGUUUUGCACCCUCCAAUUUUGCCUGGGAAACACCCACUUGCAGAAAAGCUGGUGACAGCAGUGCAUCAGGAGUCACAUCACGCAGGCACUGACUUUCUCCAUGCCAAAAUUAGACAGCACCUUUGGAUCCUGCAAGGACGAGAGCUGGCAAAGAAGAUCCGUUUCAACUGUGCCACCUGUGUGAAAACGCGUGCCAAACUCGCCACACAAAAGAUGGGUGAUUUGCCAUCUGCUCGUCUCGACUCCUACAAUGCGCCAUUCACACACAUAGCUCUGGAUUACUUCGGUCCGCUCGAAACAUCAGCUUACAGGAACCGAGUAACCAAACGGUAUGGCCUGUUAAUCACCUGUCUCGUCACUCGCAAUGUUUAUUUAGAAAUGGUGUUGUCAAUGUCAACACCGGAUUUUCUCUACGGUCUACGACGUUUCAUCAGAGAAUUCACGAAGCCAACCGAAAUCUUCUGUGAUAACGGGACAAACUUCGUGGGAGCUGAGAAGGAGCUGGCCACAGCGUUUCGUGAGUUGCAAAAGGACGAAAAGUUGAAGGCGUUUGCGCGAGAGCGCUCAAUCAUUUGGAAAUUCCAGCCACCUAGUGCUCCACAUUUCGGCGGAUCACACGAAUCGAUGGUAAAAUCAACAAAGAGGGCACUUUAUCGGGCGCUGGAUACGGAAAAAGCUGGACUGCGCUACCCGACGGACGAGAUGCUUAGAACGCUACUGAAGGAAGUGGCGGGCAUGUUGAACGGGAGACCUCUAACGCUGGCCAGCAAUGACCCAGAAGACUUCAGACCGAUUACACCAAAGGAUUUCUUGAACCUGCCACCAACGUCGGACCUUCCGGCCGGAGACAUUCGCCGCGCUCUGCCCCGCGACCAUAUUCGUUACGUAAAGAAGAUGGCCAAUUUAUUCUGGGAUCUAUGGACCAAGAUCUUCCUCCCCACGCUGUGGAAGACGGGCCGAAUCAUCGAAGUGUAUCCUGGUUCCGACGGUUUUGUUCGAGUCGUCAAAGUGAAAACGGACUGCGGAGAAUAUCUGAGACCAAUCAAUCGGCUAGUGCUACUGGAACCUUACUCGGCCGUCCUUCCGUCGGCCUCGGGGGAGAAUGUUCCAGAGAAAAGGAAUGUUUAA